CGCACAGCAGAAGACCAGAGAUUUUAGAAUGAAGAGAUUUUUCAAGCCCAUAGAGAAAGACGGUUCCUUCAAGAAACCUGCUCUCUCCUCUUCUUCUUCGCCGGCCAACGAUUGCCAAACAGCCGCAGAAAAUGUUCAUGCGGCUGAAAUUGAAGAGGCCUGCGAACCCUCUAUGGGAGAUCCUUCGAAAUUCUUGACAUGGAAUGCCAACAGUUUGCUUUUACGAAUCAAGAACAACUGGACCGAAUUCUCGUCGUUUGUCCAGAACAUGGACCCUGACGUCAUUGCGAUACAGGAAGUUCGAAUGCCUGCUGCUGGUUCUAAAGGUGCGCCCAAAAAUCCGAGGGAUCUCAAAGAUGAUACAAGCUCCUCACGUGAGGAGAAGCAGGUUGUGAUGCGUGCUCUAUCAAGUCUUCCAUUUAAAAACUAUAACGUGUGGUGGUCUUUAUCAGAUUCAAAGUAUGCCGGAACUGCAUUGUUUAUAAAAAAGUGCUUCCAGCCGAAAAAGGUUUCUUUCUCACUUGACCAGACAGGUUCCAAGCACGAACCAGAUGGCCGGGUUAUUCUGGCUGAAUUUGAAUCCUUCCGUCUGCUAAACACUUAUGUCCCUAACAAUGGAUGGAAAGAUGAGGAAUCAUCAUUUCAGAGGAGAAGAAAGUGGGAUAAGAGGAUGCUCGAAUUUGUUCUUAGAACUUCUGAUAAGCCCCUUAUCUGGUGUGGAGAUCUUAAUGUAAGCCAUCAAGAUAUUGAUGUAAGUCAUCCAGAAUUUUUCAGUGCAGCAAAGCUCAAUGGCUAUGUUCCACCUAACAAAGAGGAUUGCGGACAACCUGGAUUCACAAUAUCUGAGAGGAAACGAUUUGGUUCCAUUCUAAAGGAGGGAAAGCUUGUGGAUGCGUAUAGGAACCUGCACGAGGAUAAAGACAUGGAGAGUGGAUUCUCUUGGUCCGGCAAUCCUAUUGGGAAGUAUCGUGGUAAGAGGAUGAGAAUCGACUAUUUCAUUGUUUCAGAGAAGCUGAAAGAGAGAAUCGUCGCUUGUGAAAUCCAUGGGAAAGGAAUCGAGCUAGAAGGUUUCUACGGCAGCGACCAUUGCCCAGUAUCUCUAGAACUCUCUGAUGCAAGCCCGGUUCCCAACGGUAACUAACUUUGGUAAGCCACUGUUAAAAGGAUACGGUACAAAUUUCUUGGUAGGUAACCGUAUUUAUUCCAACAUGCUCUCGAUCUAGUGAAUCGGUUGUCCAUUAGCUGCAACUUUGUAGUACCUUUUGCUUAGCGCGCCCUCGAAGGAUAUGGAAAUGAAUUACUUAUAUGAUGAUGAUCUUGUGAACAUAUGCGCGCAUUUGAAGCAUGCAGGGAAGUUCUUGUCGUCGGUAAAGCUGUUAAACAAAUUAAAUAGUU